AUGGCAGAUCUGGGGGCAUCAGCGGCGCCGGAUCUGCACCUGUUCGGCGGUCUGGCAGUGGUGCUCGACCCCGUCUCCUUCACGCUCAUGGACAUGGUGUGCUUUUACUGUAAGUUAUCCGGCCACUUCGAGAACAUGGAAGGUGGAGGCGACGUGGGCGCCUCUGUUGUGAUCGUCUGGCGGGCCUGUGGUUUCGGAGGCGGCGACCGGCCGUGCCGGCGGCUGUGGGUGGCCUUGGCUGUUCGGCUUGGUGGUGAUGAUUGCCGGCGGACUCGGCUUGUUUGUGUGUGUGUCGGCGUGUCGCGAUUGUGA